UGGCGGACAGUGCGGAAUAGCGCUGCGCCGGAGGGUUGUAUAGCUGCAGACUUUUUGAUGUAGCUUUGAGCUGGCGGUGGGUGACAAAGGAUUCCACAACCCAUUCCGCUGGACUGUGCUUGCCACGGUUAUCCUCAAUUGAAAAUAUUGUGUUCAAAUAAAAGGAUGCAAUGGAUGGCCAUUGAUAUCCAUGGGGAUAGAUGGUGGUGAAAUUGACUGGUCUGUCUUUGUUGAGGGAAUUUUUCUGGAAGGUGAUAUCGCAACGAUGGUGUGUCAGACGUUCAGAAGUUUACAAAGAGGCGAUGUCAGUGCUCCUUUGCUUGCUGUGACGGUGCUUGGGGUUCUGUUCGCAGGGAUGCAAGAAACCACAGCAUUUCCCACCUGGAGAAUAGAGGAAGAAGCUCACACCUCCGGUGUGUUGAUGAUUGGGAUUCGUAAAGAUGCUCACUCGCAGGUUCUCCACCUCUCCAGGAACAAGCGCUACACCUUCACCCCCGAGAAACUAAAAUGGGACAAGUUCAAGCUCACAUACAAGCUGCUCUCUUUCCCAAGGAACCUGAUGAAUGCCAGUGACACUCGUCGGGGUAUCGCCAAAGCCUUCACUAUGUGGAGUGACGUCUCACCCUUCAGCUUUAGAGAAGUUCCCGCUGACCAGGAGGCAGACAUCAAGAUAGGCUUCUACCCCAUCAACCACACAGACUGUCUGCAGUCCUACUUGCACCACUGUUUUGACGGCAUUACUGGCGAACUGGCCCACGCCUUCUUCCCCCCGACGGGGGAGAUCCACUUUGACGACCAUGAGUAUUGGAUUCUGGGAAACAUGCGCUUCAGCUGGAAAAAAGGGGUGUGGCUGACAGACUUGGUCCACGUAGCGGCUCAUGAGAUCGGCCACAUCCUGGGCCUCAUGCACUCCCUGAACCCUAAGGCCAUCAUGCACCUGAAUGCAACUCUGACGGGGCGCAAGCUCAUCACACAGGACGAGGUGUGGGGCCUGCACCGACUCUACGGAUGUUUGGAUAGAUUAUUUAUCUGUCCAGCCUGGGCGCGGAAAGGCUAUUGCGACAGUAAGCGCAAACUCAUGCAGAAGCACUGCCCCUCCAGCUGUGAUUUCUGUUACGAGUUCCCAUUCCCCACUGUGGCCCCCACCCCCACACCCCAACGGACCAAACAUAAGCUGGUGGCUGAGGGGAAGAAGCUCACCUUCCGAUGUGGGAAGAAAAUUGCAGCUAAGAAAGGCAAAGUAUACUGGUACAAGGACGGAGAGCUUCUGGAGUACUCCCACCCUGGCUACCUCUCCCUAAAGGAUGACCACAUCAGUAUUGUGGCCAAUGCGAUCAACGAGGGCACAUACACCUGCAUCGUGAGGAAAAAGAACAAGGUCCUCACCAACUACUCCUGGAGGGUACGUGUGCGCUUCUGAGGGCAUUGCCACUCUCUGCACACAGAAGCACUGGGUAUUAGCACAGAGACCGACCACACACACGACCACAGAAGAAUAAUUCCUAGAAAAUAAGUCCCUCAGACCACUGCAAUUUCACUGCACGCUCUUGGGCACACUCAAAAUGGCCACCAGUCCACCCAUUGACUUGAAUGUGGAUGUCCGUUCUAGGAAUUAUAUUUCCAUGCACACGUUCGCUCACACAAACAUUGCUUGGUCAAAUGGGGACUGCACUCACUUGGGCACAUAUUUUAAUGUAUGUACGUUCUAUUUCUAAACAAUCAUGUUAUGUAAAAAAAAUUAAAUAGUCAUGUAUUUUCAUAUGUGCACAAUAAACAUUUCUGUGAUCAUUAGUAAAUUGAAUAUUGAUGUAAAAUUACAUUGUGACAAUCGAGUACAAAUUAGAUUCUAUUAUUAUGUGAACAACAGAAUGUUCUUUGAAGUUAGAGGUCACAAACACUUACAGGCUAGCUAGUAACCUCAGACUUGAAAUAUUGUCCUGAAAUGUUUUAUAAUUUUGCCUAACCUGGCUAUAUUAAUCCAUGGGUAAUGCAUUCUAAAGCUACUGCCUCUUAAUACAGGUCAUAUAAAUAAUUUACUGUCUGAAUUGAAGUUGGGUAAACCAAAAACAAACAUUGUGUUUAGUCACUGGAAAUAUUUAGACCUUUAUUCACAUAUGGAACACCUCCGAUAUCUUGCUUGCUCAGCUAUCCUUUAGGUGGAGCCAAUACUUUCUCUCCAGAAGGUGCAGUUCCACUAACAGCUCCCUUUACAUGCUCAUUUGACACAUCAGGUGUAAUAAUCCACAGAAGGGCUUAGAGGGGACUCUCAGAUAAAACUGAUUUAUGUACAUUUCCAUUUGUGUUGGUUCUAAAGAGUCUCCAGACGAGGGAACAUUUUGUAACUGUUCCAGUCUGAGCAGCCAGCAGUCUCCCAGAAAUGAGACUGCACUGUUUAUUUUCCUCCAGCUAGAAAUCAAAUAAUUUAUUGGUUUAGUCCUAGAAAUCGCAGCCACUUUAACAAAGACAAAAAUCUGGGGCUCUUUUCCCUGAAAGAACAAAGUCCUGAGACAAAGUGUGCAGUGCAAAGAAUGACAUCACUCUUGGGACGUCUAUUGAGCUGGAUUCAACGCUGGGAAUUUUUGGGGACUCGACUUCCCUUUUUAUUUUUUCCUUUUGGCAGGCAGUGUGUGGUGCUGUUUGCUUAGCUUAGACAGCAUUUAUAAAUACCAGCAAAAAGGUGGACAUAUAAAAGAUUCACAUUUUAUUUCUAGCAAAAACAUGUCCCGGGUCAAUGUAAGCCAUCGGUUAUACAGUAAAGUCCUUAUAAUAUGAUGGAUCGACAUGGCUCUAACACUGCUACAUUAUUAUACAGUAUCUCCAGUACUCAAAUACCAACGACUUCAACUCUGGUCCUCUUCAGCAGUGUAAAAAAGACAGAAAACAAAAAGCCAACAUUAGCUAAGGUACAGACAAAAUUGUAGUUAGGUUUUGACGCACAGUUGCCUCAUUUCCAUAAAAGUUAAACCUUGUCAGAAUCGAGAAAAUACUUUAAAAGUUCAAUGGUUGGGAUUCAGCCAUAUAGUUUGGAAAAAAGGGACAGUGUGUUUGUCCAUCGUUCAUAUCAUGUGACGACCAGUCUCCACCCUCACAGGGUGAGGGCAGUAAGCUGACCCUGACAACGGAAGCCAUUCCCCCAAUGAGUCCAGCCACAUAAAAAACUAAAUGUCCCAUGAUUCUUGUCCGGUCAGCUGAACAGGCUAGUAUGUCUCUUCCCAUACGCAGGGUGUCCUGCCCUCCAGGCGCAGCUCAGAACUUGAGGCUGAACCCUGGGCCCACGGCAGAAGCCCCUUGGUUGCUGGUAGUCAGAUGGAAGCCUGAGUCUUUCAGGUCAUCGUCACCCUGGAGAGAGGACAAGCCACACACAUUAGCUGAUGAGGCACAUUGCCUUUAUGCCAGAGAACUAAUGAAAUCUGGAAAAAUAAGUAUUAAGCAGUGGGAAGAUGUGUCUUGACAACACACAGUAAAGUGCUGUAGGUCUACAAUCUAUCAAACACAGAAACCAAGCUCAGAUGUCAAAACCUAGUUGACAGAGGGAUGUAGAGUUAAACCCAGCCUCACCAGCUGACUGUAGCCCAGGCCUCCCUCGGGGGGGCGCGGGCUGGUCCCCCUCUUCACCCUCUGUUGCUCGCUCUUGGCCGGCCAGGUGGGGAACAUGGAGGGGUCGAUGGGCUGCGGUGUCUCCCGGAAAUACUCGUGCUUCAGCGCCUCGUCCGAUAGGAUCCUCUUGCUGGGGCAGUAGGUGAGGAACCUAGUGGAAAGGGAAAAAGUCAAGGCCAGGGACGGUAGAGGUCACUCAAUAAGGUGGUACUUGCGAAACAAGACUUUAAAUCUUCGUCAUACUUCUACUCUUCUUACUGUUUAAGCUAGAAACGGCAUUCAAACUUAAUUGUGCAGACUGGUCUGCUUUUUGAUAUCAAUUCAUUUGUGUGUCUUUUUGUCCAUCCUCAUAGACUAACAUUCUAAUGCUCCCCAUUGUGACAUCACUUCCAACUUCCAUUCACUGUAAAUGCAACAAUUCAACUUGACACAAAAUCAGCUACAUUGACCAUUUUGCCAAACCCUUACAAAAGUUAGAGGGUGAAACAUCUUCCUCUACUUCGCUGCUAUUCAAAUCUGAAAUAACAGAAUUAUCUGGUACCGAUGUAACCUUACAGCUGUUUAAGUGACCAUCAACAUUUUCUGUAACUUUUUAUAAACUUGACAUUGACCCCUUUCAAAACAGGUUAGACAAAAGUUAGACGGUAUGACAUCUGUCUAAUUCUUUGUUAUUCAAAUCAGGAAUAAAGAACAGAAAUAUCUACUACCAAUCAAGAGGUACAGCUGUUUUAGUAACCAUGUCAACUAAUUUAGCCAACUUCCCAGAGUUGGAUUUACUGCCAUGGAACUUUUCAGAACUUUCAAAUUAUAAAAAUGGGGGGAUUAGCAUGAGACGAUGAGUAAACAUUAUGACUUUUGACACUAAUCAGCUACCUUGACCACUUUUCUGAACAAUUUGGUGUACACAAAAACUUCAAAAGGUAUGGCACAUUUGUCUACCUCUUAGAUGUUCAAAUCUGAAAUCAGAACAGCAAUAACUAUUAAUCAUGCCACACACACACACACAUCUACACCUUCAACCAUAGAUUCAUUCCUUUAUCAUACCAAUCAGUCCAACUUAACCUUGUUUUAUCCCUUUAUCCCUCCAUACAUAUGGUCUUCCAUCCCUGUAUCCUUUUUUUAAUUCACCUGUCCAUUUAUUUAUCUAUCCUGUCAUAACUUUCUUUUAACAGCUUUUUUCUUUGAUUAAGAAAUUAAUGUAUGGUAGAAGUAAGGGAUAAAUGCUUGGGAUAAAAUAAAGUUUUUAACCGUGUUUUAAAGUUCA